GAUGGCGCCCCGCGCCCGGGGGGCCCCUUCCUGAGCGCCCGGGCCCCUCCCUCCCCCGCCUCCCCUCCUCCCCGCGGCGCCCCCGCCCCGCCCCGCCCCCGCCGAGACCCCGACCCCGGCCCCACGGGCGGACACUCGGCCAGGCAGCCGCGGGCCGAGCGCAGCCGCCUCCGCCGCCGAUGCGCCUGGUGGCCAGACUCCAAGUGGGACCGGCGGACACGCAGCCUCGCGUGUCAGCAGAAGCUGAUGGAAAAUCGGGCUCUGGAUCCAGGGACUCGGGAUUCCUAUGGUGCCACCAGCCACCUCCCCAACAAGGGCGCCCUGGCUAAGGCCAAGAACAACUUCAAAGACCUGAUGUCCAAGCUGACAGAGGGCCAGUACGUGCUGUGCCGUUGGACAGAUGGACUGUAUUACCUCGGGAAGAUCAAGAGGGUCAGCAGUUCUAAGCAAAGCUGCCUUGUGACUUUCGAAGAUAAUUCCAAGUACUGGGUCCUGUGGAAGGACAUACAGCAUGCCGGUGUUCCAGGGGAGGAGCCCAAGUGUAACAUCUGCCUGGGGAAGACCUCAGGACCCCUGAAUGAGAUCCUCAUCUGUGGAAAGUGUGGCCUGGGUUACCACCAGCAGUGCCACAUUCCCAUAGCAGGCAGUGCUGACAGGCCCCUGCUCACACCCUGGUUCUGUCGACGCUGCAUCUUUGCUUUGGCCGUUCGGAAAGGUGGCGCGUUGAAGAAGGGCGCCAUCGCCAGGACGUUGCAGGCAGUGAAGAUGGUGCUGUCCUACCAACCUGAGGAGCUCGAGUGGGACUCGCCACACCGCACCAAUCAGCAGCAAUGCUACUGCUACUGCGGCGGGCCCGGAGAAUGGUAUCUGCGGAUGCUGCAGUGUUAUCGAUGCAGGCAGUGGUUCCACGAGGCCUGCACACAAUGCCUCAAUGAGCCUAUGAUGUUUGGAGACAGGUUCUACCUGUUCUUCUGCUCSGUGUGUAACCAGGGCCCAGAGUACAUCGAGAGGCUGCCCCUGCGAUGGGUGGAUGUGGUUCACCUGGCCCUCUACAACCUUGGGGUGCAGAGCAAGAAGAAGUACUUUGACUUUGAGGAGAUUCUGGCUUUUGUCAACCACCACUGGGAGCUCCUGCAGCUUGGCAAGCUCACCAGCACUCCUGUGACGGAUCGAGGACCGCAUCUCCUCAAUGCUCUGAACAGUUACAAAAGCCGGUUCCUCUGCGGCAAAGAGAUCAAGAAGAAGAAGUGCAUCUUCCGCCUGCGCAUCCGUGUCCCCCCCAACCCACCGGGGAAGCUGCUGCCUGACAAGGGUCUGGUGCCAAAUGAAAACGGCGCCUCCUCUAGCUCCUCUGAGCUGCGUAAGAGAGGAAAGAGCAAGCCUGGUUUGUUGCCUCACGAAUUCCAGCAGCAGAAAAGGCGAGUUUAUAGAAGAAAAAGAUCAAAGUUUUUGCUGGAAGAUGCUAUUCCCAGUAGUGACUUCACCUCGGCCUGGAGCACCAACCACCACCUGGCUAGCAUAUUUGACUUCACGCUGGAUGAAAUUCAGAGUUUAAAAAGUGCCAGCUCAGGCCAGACCUUUUUCUCAGACGUGGACUCCACGGACGCUGCCAGCACCUCGGGCUCUGCAUCUACCAGCCUCUCCUAUGACUCCAGACGGACAGUAGGCAGCCGCAAGAGGAAGCUGGCGGCCAAGGCAUAUAUGCCGCUGCGGGCCAAGCGGCGGGCGGCUGAGCUGGGUGGACGCUGCCCCUCAGACAGCAGUGCGGAGGGGACUUUGGGCCCCGAGCGGCCAGACGAAGGCAUCGAUAGCCACACAUUUGAGAGCAUCAGUGAAGACGACUCAUCCUUGUCACACCUCAAGUCAUCUAUCACCACCUACUUUGGAGCAGCAGGGCGGUUGGCCUGUGGGGAGAAGUACCAGGUGUUGGCUCGGAGGGUCACACCAGAGGGCAAGGUUCAGUACCUGGUGGAAUGGGAAGGGACCACCCCUUACUGACUACCCCUCGGGGGCUGCAGGGAGCCCUGAAAACCAGAGGGACAGCCGAGGGCACAGGUUUCCCUGUUUCCUCCAGGCUGGGUGGGGGAGGAAGCAGCACAGUGGCAAGGGCCUGGAGAGGCCUUGCCCAGCUGCCCAGCAGGCCAACCUGAGCCUGCACCACUGCUGUGCCAGCUCUGCUCUGCUCUGCUCUUGGUCCAUGGCCUCCCUAAGGUCCCACUGGCUCUUUUUUAGUGUCUUCACACUCCACACCCCUCACACUGUUUAUUGGUUCUUCCUGAGUUUGUGUCCACCCCUAUCCCACCCCCCACCCGGCUCUGUGACUCUAACUCCUGAGGCCCAAAUCUUUCUGUCCCCAUUACUUUGUCCCUU